UCGUCUGGAGAAAUGCGUCUGUUCGUGGCUCUGGUUUGUGUCAGUCUGGUGGCGAGUUCCUCUGGCCAGCUGUCCCUUCGCGGAAGAUUGGGUCGAGCCUCCAAUGUGAACUUGGCGGUGGAGCAGCCAACUUUGCUGGCCAAGACGGCCGGAAUUGUUCCCUCCGUGCUGGUGAAGAAUGCCGGAAUUGUGCCUUCCGUGCUGGUCAAGAACGCUGCCGCAAUUGUUCCGGCUGUGGAUGUGGCCGCCGAUGUCGAAACCCCGAGCAUCCUGCCCCAGGUUUCCAGUGCCAACAUCUUGCCCUACUAUCCCGGCUACUGGCCUGAUUACGGAUCUGCCGCUGGAGGCUGGUAUCCCGGUGCCUGGAACGGUCCUAGCUAUUGGAACAACAACUACAAUGGCUACAACGGGUACAGCGGAUACAACGGGUACAACGGCUACUACGACUACGGAACUCCCUACCUGGCCAGGCCUCGUUUCGUCCAGCCCGUCGCGAGCUCCGCCGUAACCCCCGUCAUCACCUCCUCCGUGACACCCGUCGUGACCUCCGCCGUGAGCCCCUCUGUGACCUCCGCUGAGACUCCCGCGGCAUCGUCCUCAUCCUCCUCCACCACCACCACAAACACCAACACUGUGGCUGGUGAAAACUCCAGCGACGACUCCAGCUCUGUGGAUGCCGCUGCUGCUCCCGAGCAGGAUGAGCCCGUGUACUCCACCCAGGUCAUCUAAUGAAUAGUAAUAAAGUUAU